CUUUACCUUUACCUUUACCUUCACCUUUACCUUGUGCCCAACUCCAUCUCUUUCUUUACCACCCCGCUCUGUUACCAUCCAAAAACCAAAACAAUCCCAAAUUCAAAAAAAAAAAAAAAAACACCUUAAAGUCUAGGGUUUUCUUCUAAAAGGCUUCUUUGUUUUGUUGAUCAAGAUAUUGGUUGAUAAUUAGCAGGUUUUCUUUACUUAUAAACUCUCAACCCUCAAGUGGAGGAGAUGGAAGAUUCCAAGUCUGAGGCGCAUAUAACCUCAGCUGCAGCUUUUGUGGAAGGGGGAAUUCAGGAUGCUUGUGAUGAUGCCUGCAGUAUAUGCCUUGAAGCAUUCUGUGAAAGUGAUCCAUCCACGGUGACCUGCUGCAAGCACGAGUUUCAUCUUCAGUGCAUUCUUGAAUGGUGUCAGAGGAGUUCUCAGUGCCCAAUGUGCUGGCAGCCAAUCAGCCUGAAAGAUCCAACCAGCCAGGAGUUGCUUGAGGCUGUUGAACGUGAAAGGAGUUUUAGGUUUAAUCCUUCUAGAAAUGCAGCCAUAUUUCAUCAUCCAACGCUGGGGGAUUUUGAACUGCAGCAUUUGCCAAUGGGGACAAAUGAUUCUGAACUUGAUGAGCGCAUAAUCCAGCACUUGGCUGCUGCUGCUGCAAUGGGGCGAGCACGUCACAUUGCAAGGAGGGAAGGUAUGAGGAAUAGGUCAUCAAUUCAAGGUCGUCCACAAUUCUUGGUAUUUUCAACACAUCCAAAUGCACCUUCUACUGGUCCUAUAUCUUCACUAGUUGCAACUCAAGGAGAAGUUCAACCAGCCCCUACAAUCACUGUUGGCACUCCAUCCUCGCCUUCAAGAACUGUGGGGGAAGAAUCUUUGGUAUCAAUUACUCCUGAAACUUCUGCCCAAGCUGAUCAGCAGUCUGCCUCUGCAUCUCGCUCCAAUGUAAUUUUUGUCAAUGGUCAAGGGAAUUCCGUUCCCGUUAACAAUAGGAGGUCUCCUAAUCAGUCUUCUCCUAAUAGUCAAGAUCGAGCUGGACCUUCGGAUUUCCAGUCAUUUUCAGAAUCAUUGAAAUCACGGUUUAAUGCUGUUUCAAUGAGGUACAGAGAGUCAAUUUCAAAGAGUACAAGGGGUUGGAAGGAGAGAUUUUUCUCUCGCAACACUUCCAUGGCAGGUCUGGGUUUUGAAAUUAGGGGAGAGGUUAAUGAUGGCAGCAAUGCAACAGUCUUGCGCACGAUAGAGCCUGUAGAAACCAGAGAUAAUAUUGCCAGUCCUACUGUAUCAAGCAUUUUGGAAGAUGGGUCUAAUCCAGAAUCAAAUAACCACCAGAUUGUAGAUGCUGGUGUAGAAACUCCUUUGACUGAGACCAGUGCCCAAGCUUCAUGUGCUGCAAGUUCUGCUUCCAAGUAAGUACCGGCUAUGCAUCAAGUGAAAGUGGUUUUGUGUCGAAGGUAAACCAAGAGGUUGAGAAUUUCUUGCAUGGUUCCAUUAUCUACAUUCGUGUUGUAGAUAUGUUUACUUCGAUGUUGGAUGUACUCAGUAACCUGGCAACUGUAGUAGAUGUAAUUCAUGAAUGUCUAAUGUGGGGUCAAAUGGAGUGUUUCCAGAUACGUUUGUGUUGGAUGUUUUGCCCCUUCUGAAGCCAUUUUCAAUAUCCUUGGAGUUAGACAUCUGAAGCAAGCAGUUGGGUGAUUGAGAAGAAAAGAUACUGAAAAAGCAGAAAAGUUCAUAUAUUCAAAAGUGGAGGAGAGUAUGUAAAUCAGCUUAUGUCUUUAACUUUAUUUAUGAUUUGAAGCCCUGUAUAUUAGCUAGGCACCCAAGUGUUGAAGAUGUGAGGAACCUCAUGAGGAUCGUAAUUUUAACAAGCACACACGAAUUUUAGGUAUUCUGUUAAAUAAAUGGUGCAUUCUGAUUAUUUUCAA